AGGGAGAAUUUGAUUGGUGAUCAAGCAUUCGGCAUCGUUUGCCGUGAGAUUUCUGAUUUAUAGUUGAGUGUAGCAGAAAUAGAUCGCUAAAAACUAAUUCUCAAAAUUAAUCACUCAAUCAAUCUAGAAUUUGUAAAUAAACAGCUGAAAUAAAGAACUAGUCGAUAGAAGUGGAAAUUGUUUGAUAAAAUCGAUAGUGUUUGCCUUUUCAUAAAUAAUUAAUGAGAUUAAACGAUUAUAUUUCUCAAAACUGCCAUGUCUGCAUUAAAAACUCUGUAUAAUGAAGUAGAGUUGUUAGUACAAUAUCCAGAAGUUGGACUUGCCAUUUCUGAUUCUGCAGCACCAGUUCCUGGUUAUCUGUAUGGUGAAAUUAAUGCUGUUACUUAUAUUAAUUAUGGAAACAACUGCAAACCACUUGUUAACUUUUUAGUCUCAAGACUACAGCCUGGAACGCCUUUAGUGGCCAUCAAAAUCUUAAAACUGCUGCUCUAUCUAGUGAAAAAUGGUCACACAGAAAUAGUGGAAGAAGUUAAAUACCAAGAAGUUGCUUUAAAAGAGGCCAUGGGUUUUCAUGGUCCUCCUGAUGAUCUACAUGGCAAAGCAUUCUAUGAGAAUAUUCGGAAACUUGCAAAGGAGUUGUUAGAUUUUAUCUUCUCAGAAAACAGAGAAGUUUCUGAUGCAUCACCUCCACCUGUUCUAGAACUGACUGGCUAUGGAUCAAAUGCUAAUACCAAAGGAUUGUCUGGAUUUGGCUUUAGUGUUAAAAGCCAAAAAUCAAUAUCAGAAAAAAUAACUGAUGGAGUUACCAGUUUUGUAGACAAACUGUUGCCUUCAAAUGACAAAGAACAGGCAGAAACUCAAGCAUCACAUCUAGGUGAUAGUUUACCACAAUAUAAGCCUCUUAUAAUUAAUAAAGACUCUGCUGAAAUCGACAUGCUUGCACCUGCAUCCACGCAAAAUGUAACGCAAAAGCUUGCACCUGUUCCUCGAUCUAAACGAAAAGCAAGAGUAUAUAAACCUGGAAAACCUGGUGGAGGAUGGGAUGAUUCCGAUGAUGAGGAAGAAGAAGAUGUCAUGGAAUUAGCUAGAGAAGAUAUUAGCAAGUGCAGUUCAGUUUCCUUUGAUUGCAUUGAUAUAAGUAAAGUUGAAGUUAAAGAUAGUGUAAUAGAUUGGGUUGAUGAGCAUAAAGUUGUUGAUUCCUUCACACUAAAUGAGCCACUGCAUAAAAUAGACUAUUCAUCUAUUACAUCUCUCUGUAAAAGUUGCUCGUCAUUGAACUGUGAUAAAAUAUUGGCAUUUCUCCUUUCAAAACUUGAAGAAAAAGAGGAACUUGUUCAGUUAAGAGCCCUUAUUUUUGUGGAAUAUUUAAUAUUUCACGAUAUUGUAUCACUUGAAUCCCUAAUGAAGAUUUUGGUUUCUCCUCUGAAUAAUUUUAUUGAGAAAGCUGAAGAGGCACCAAAUUCAGUUAAAAUUAAAGCUAAAAAGGUGUGUUUGAUCAUUAAGAACCUCAUCAAAUCUUCACCUCAUUCUUUUCCGUUUGCAUCAACACAAACACCAAUCAAAUGCAAUACAUGAUGUCUAUGUGAAGAUCAUAUGAAGUCAUUGAUAAAAGAAUCAAACUCAAAUUUAUGUCUAUUUAAUUUAUUUGUUGAUGAUUUAUGUAUACAAAAAUGAAUGUCUGUGUGUGUGUGUCUCUUUUAUAGACUCCUUAACCAUCUGACCGAAAAUAUUGAAAUUUGGCAUGAGGAUAGUUCGAAGCACAACGAGCCGUUUGAGCGGGCUGAGCGACAAAGUGGAAUUUUCUGAUUGGUUUUUUGCCAAUUUUUUAAAUUUAACUAUAGACAAUUAAAUUUUUCUAAUAUUUUAAAGAUAAUAUCCGUGAUAUUUGCUCCGCCCUAUAAAUGGGCGCGACGAAUGUGUGUGACAGAAAAUGAAUUCUUGGCCAUAGAUAGCGCCACUGGAAGAAUCGCACCCCUCUUCCUAAACAGGCAUACGAGAAAGAGAGUGAUAUUUGUCAGCUUAUAGCUCUAUUUGUUCAAACAAAGUUUAUUGCUGGUAUUUUAAUAUUUAAUUAUUUUUUUUUAGCUACGUCAGAUUAAUUCAAAGGACAACAUAAACGUGAUGGCAAUUGGGGACUAUGUCACAAAUUCAUAGUUCUGAUGUCAUCCGAUGCCGUUGUAUAAAAGUAAAUAUUUUAAAAUUAAUGGUAACUGAAGUGAAAAAAAAUUAGCUGUGUAUUCAGAGACAAAAUUCAUCUAAUUCGCUUAAGAGAAAAGUAACAAAAAACGCAAUGCAUUGACGCCACAGAUUCCUUAUUAAUUAAAGUAUUAUAUGUAUAUUGAAAUAUAAAAAAAAAAGCUAUGUCUUGAAAGAAAAAAUUAAUGAAGUUAAGGUACUUAUUUGUUUAAAGGAACUGUGAGGAAUUGUCAUCCUAUAUUUGACGACAAUGAUGCUUAAUUAAUGUUAAUAUGUAUUAAUUGAAAAAAAAAUAACCUACCUACUAAAACGUUUAUGGGGGGAAAAUGCUUAUUUGUUUUGAUGAUAUUAUUAUUGAGACCAAUGCUUAAUAAUUAUAGGUAAUAUGUAUUAAUUGAAAUAAAAAAAAUAAGCUACGGGAAGAAAGAAAGAAAAUUAAUGAAGAAAAGGUUAAUGGGAAAUUCGUCCUGUAGAAAAUUGCCAUAUGCAGAUGAAGCUUAAUUAAUUUUGGUAAUACAUACUAUUGGUGUUAUGACAAUUGGUGAAGUUUUAAUAAGAAUUUACUAUGUAUUUCAGAAAAUAUUUUACCAGUGGUAGCAAAUGUAGUGUGUUAAUAUUUAAAUGAAUUAGAAUUAACAGAACUUUUUUUCCACCACUACUUCUAGAUAUUUUAAACAGUAAAUUAAAAAUCAGAUAGAGAAAUGGUCCUGUUCCAAAGUUCUUAUCAAGGUCUCGUAUAAGAAUUCUGUUUGUUUUUAAAAUUUAGGCUUUACUUUUUUGCUACCACUGAUAAAUGUAUUUUGCACAAAACUUGAAUAUUGAAAGGUUAUGCAAUAAAUACUAAAUAUACUAAUAUAAUUAUAAUGAUAUAUUAAGGAUUAUUAAAACUGCACCAAUAACUCAUCAGUUUUAAUAUCGAUACUGUCAAAAUAAGUCUUUAACAACCCCUUGUAGGUGAUAUUCAUCAGGAAAAAUUACUUGAAAGUGGUAAAUUUUGACUAUUGUCAGCUGUAAUUAAAAUUCUAUCAUUUCAAUCAGAAAAUUACAAACCCUAUUUUUUAUAGUUUUUUUUUUGUGUGUCAAAUAUAGAUUUAUUUAUGUAUGUUUUUUAAAAAUUAUACAAGGUGUAUGUAUAUUAGCCAUUUGUUUAAAAUGAUGUAUAAGAGAAUUAGUUGAAUUUCUUCACUAUUCAAUUAAUUUCUUGUCCCAAAAUUAAUUUGAGAAAAAAAUUGCAAAAUGGAGAAUGAUGGAAUUAAGCCUAAACUAUGAAAUAGAAUUUUUAAAAGUGUUCUGACAUUGUUUCACUAUUCAUUGAAUGUAAAAAUCGAAUUACGCUUUUUUUAAAGGAAGAAUGCCUUAUUCAUUUGGUUCUAUUUUAACUAAUAUAGCCAUAAUCUUUUUAUUUUUUUUCUUUAUCAAAGUUUGUAAAGAUUUAAAGGUGUUGUUUAAAAGGUUCCAUUUAUCAUUUGCAUUUCAAAUUAUAUCAUUCCUAUUUAUUAUGUUUUUGUUAUCUACUGUUCUCCUAUCACAAGAACUGUUUCAGGCAUCAGACUCUUGUGCUGGCAAUUAUGAGGAUAAGAGUCUUUGAAUAAGUGUAUCGAGUUUUAAUUUCAUGUAGACUGAACGAGUCUGGUCAUUUCUUAAUUUUCUGCAUACUAAAAAUUAUUAUAUUCUAGUUUCUACAGUAACAAACAACCUCAUACUUUCAGCUAGUAGUUCUCAUGCAAGCAGAACAGUAAUUUUUCUGUUGUAUCAAAUAUUUUAAUUCUGUUGCAAUUUGUAACAAACUUCUCAAUUACAUUAUUAUAAAGGACUGUUAUGAGUAGUUGUUAAAAUGUUUUAUUUUAAAGACUUAUUACGUCACUCGAAUAAAGUUAUGUCAUGUUUACUUCAUUUCUUCUGAAAGAUUUUUGUUUUAUGACUACAAUAACUUUUUUGAACUAAAAUUGAACAAAUCAAAUGUUGCUAAUAAAGAUUUUUAUAAUUGUUUUAA